AUGAGCGGUGGCAGCACUCUCGAGCACAUCGACGCAGUCGAUGCCUUCGCCAGGACCCUUUUCAUCCGAGCCAAACAAUACCCGAAUCCGUCUCUGAGCGACGUUUCUACUGCCGUGCGCCACUUGCACCUGGCCCUGCGCCAUCUGCGCGUCGAGGCCGCUGAUCCUGACUCCCUUCUCAACAGAGGCACAGACUCCUCGGUGUAUACCCGCCAAAUACAGCCUAUUGUCCAAGACAGCGAUUUCGCUCUCAAGCAGCUCGAAACCGUUCUUGACAAAUAUGACGCCAACGGCGGUCGGGAGGUAGAUGGCAUGGCGGACCGGUUGGCCACCGUCCGAUCACGACUCGUCAAUGAAAGGACCACCGUCGACAUGUUCCUCGACACUGUGCAGUUGCACAACCCGGCAAACAAGCCUCCUUGCAAUACCAUGCAAAGGAGUGACGCUAGCCUAGAGGGUAUCAAGGACAAAGUCGACAAGAUUGCAACCAAGCUGUUUAGCCGCCGCGACAGCACCGGCAUGGCUGAUGACGAGGAUCGGCUGUGGCAAGAGUUCAAGUCGGAGCUCGAAAAAGAAGGCUUUUCGCCCGAUGUCCUCCGCCAACACAAGGAGAUUCUGCGGGCCUACAUACGCGAACUGGAGACCAUGUCAAGUCUCAACGGUGGCGCCCCGCCUACCGUCCGCGGGAUGCUUGAACAGCAUAGCCGCGCGCUUGUGCCACCGCCUGUACCACCAAAGAUUCCCCAAAAGGAGGUGGCUCAUCCCAGUAUGGACAAUGAAAAGUGCUUCGUGAGCAUGAAGGACGAACGGCGCAUGCCCGGCGACGCACCAAUCCCACCACCUCCUCACACCGAACAUUAUUCGUUCUCGUCCGACGAUGCGGGAAGCGACUCAGGGGAGUCUAUGGCCUUGAUUUCUACUAAAGAUUUGAUGGCCAUGGAUAGCAUCCACUCGGGCAUGGCUGGCCUGACUCUGCAUCCGCCCAGUCCAAACGGCUAUGGAGCCUCGCCGAGGAGUAGUCAAAAGUACCUCACGUCCGGAAUCGCUGGCACAUUGCCGCCACCGGGUCCUGCAGAGCUCUCUGGCUCUCCUAGCUCGCAGCUGGGGUCAUCGCCAAACUACGUCCAUCCCUUACCACCAUAUGGGCUUGCCGGUCAGCCGCCACCAACGUAUGGUUCCAGUCCAAGAUCCAUGCCGCCCCGCCUAGCCCCUGACCGUUACGGUCAAGAAAUCCCGCUGGACGCGCCAUGGACCAAGAUUAAGCGAUCCUUGGUCAGUCCCGAGGUGCUCGAGCGAGCCGGCGUGAGGUAUGAGGCUCGCCCGGAGUAUGUUGCUAUCCUAGGACGACUCAGCCGCGAACAGAUUGCCGCAUUUGCCCAGCAGAGCGCCGACUGCCGUGCAGCGAGGUCCGGCAAGUACGCGCCGCCUAGACGAGAUGGCAAGUAUGAGCGACCCAGGGCGGAUUCGAAAAGCAGUCGGGACGAUGAUGAUGACGAUAGCGUCUUGUGGGAUGAGAGCGAUACGACCGACUAUGAUGACGACAAGACGUCUGACAAGGGCACCAAGAGUUACCCCUACAUUGUCAACCCACCGACAAAGGACAAGGCGUCUCCAUCUAGCACUGUUAUGCCCAAGCCGAUACUGAAGAACAAGAACGAGAAUCAUGUCCGCUUCGACCCGGAACCCCACGAAGUGGACUCAAGAAGCGGCUCUCUCAAAGAUGAGCGCGAUCGGCGACGAGACGGAGGCUCAAGGAGAUAUCGCGAUCCACGCGACAAAGAGGGAUCGGGCCGCGGUCGCGACGGUCAUCGACGUGACGGUGACCGAGAUCGAUACAGCGACAGACAUCGCGGCUAUGACGGUGACCACCACCGCCCCUACCAUCGGGGCGACCGUGAGCGACGAGGCGACCGAAAGGAGGACCGGACAAUGAAGAAGAAAGCCUGGGGUGAAACACUCGGUGCCGUGGGUAUUGGCGGUGCCGCUGCCAGUCUCCUGGGCGUCCUCGCUGAGGCAGCCGUGGGCAUGUAA